CAGUUAGGACUAGAUCUUUGACACAAGAACUGGAAGAACUGCGUCAAGCAUUCAAAGAAGCCCAGGAGCGAGCCAGCAGAAGUCAAAGCAGCUGCACCAAGCUAAACAAAGAGGUCGAAUGCCUAAAAAUGCACAUCAGGAGACUGGAGGACAAGAACGAGAAGCUAAUGUUUGAAAGGACAUGUUCAGAAGACAGUAUCAACAAAUUGAUGAAGAUCAACUCUGAGCUCAGGGCUGAACUUGAGGAAACCCUGGUCAUGUUGACAGCAAGAGAUAAAGAGAUGACAAAGAAAGACUUUAUAAUGGAUAAGAUGAAGAACUCUCAUGUCGAAAAUCAUAGCAUCAUUGAGACUUUACAGUCAGAGCUGAUGAGAUUACAUGAUAACUCACAGCAGGUUCUGUUGAGAUAUGACAGACACUGCAUCAGUUCACAUAGUCUGUACAGUCGUGAGCCUCCAAACCAUCGCUCUAUUAAGAGUGAAAUUCAGGACACACAACAGCACCAUCACAAAACUCUGGACGAUAUCAGCCUCCCAGCCCUUCACAGUGAAGAUAUCCAAAACAUCCUCCACAAGAUCAAGACUGCGGAAAUAUCCCAACUUCUGCAGAAUAAGUGUCCUGACAGGGACUCUGCUCUUGUUGAAACACAAGAUAGGCCUUUAGCUCAUCGCCAUCAGCAACAGACCAGCAUCAAGCAGCAGCUCGUCAAUGUGCUGCAGGAGCUGGAGCUGCAGAAGUGCGUGUGGGAGGAGAAAGGCGAGAAAGUGGAGGAGCACUGGAGAGCCUGGGACAAAGAGUCAAAACAAAGUCAUCCUGAGAAUCAGUCUACUGUGAAACAGGCCAAGAAGGUGGCUGUGGUCAACUGGUGGAAAGCUCUGAGUGGAGAGAAGGCCAAAAGAGGAACUAACGAAGUGACUCCAAACCAGGAUCUCUCUCAAACACAGACGAAGCUCAGAGCCGCAGAGCAGACCAUCACUGAUAUGAGGGAGCAGGUCUGUCACCUGCAAGCCUCACUAAGAUCUGCUCAAGACCUGGUCAAUGAACAAAAACACUGCAGCCCUGUCCUCUCUGUAGACAAGGCCACUAACACUGAGCCAGAGGAGGUACCGCUGGAGCCCCCUGGUAAACAGCGGAGGGAUGUAGCCCUGGAGACGGACCCUGUGGACGUCACAGGUGAACCAACAUCUCAACAAGAAAAACUCCAACUUCAGCUGACCGCAGACCAAGUGUUGGUGACGCUGAAGAAGAUGGAAGCCAUGGUGGACAGUGCCCUGGAUACGGCCAAGCGAGUGCAGGAGAGCGAACAGAGGGUGAGUCGGGUCAAGCAAAGGAUGGAGAGCAUCACACAGAAGGUGAAGGAGGCUCUGGGUCGGACCGCCAGCACUGAGAGGCAGCUGGACCAUCUCGAGGCAAAUAUCUCAGCUCAAACACAACCAGCUGUUUUGGAAGACCCGUCAUGUCCCUCACAGUCACCUGAUCCCAGAGCAGACAGUGUUGACUGGACAAGCACCGCUCAA